GCGGCGGGCGGCGGCAUGGAGGAGCUGAGCAGCGUGGGCGAGCAGGUCUUCGCCGCCGAGUGCAUUCUGAGCAAGCGGCUCCGCAAGGGCAAGCUGGAGUACCUGGUCAAGUGGCGCGGCUGGUCCUCCAAACACAACAGCUGGGAGCCGGAAGAGAACAUCUUGGACCCCAGGCUGCUCCUAGCCUUCCAGAAAAAGGAACAUGAGAAGGAGGUUCAGAACCGGAAGGGAGGCAAGAGGCCCAGGGGUCGGCCGAGGAAACACACAGUCAUGUCCUCCUGCAGCCGGCGCUCCAAACUCAAGGAACCAGAUGCACCCUCCAAGUCCAAAUCCAGCAGCUCCUCCUCUUCCUCCACAUCCUCCUCCUCUUCGUCAGAUGAAGAAGAAGAUGACAGUGACCUGGACUCUAAGAGGGGUCCCCGGGGCCGUGAAACCCACCCAGUGCCUCAGAAGAAAGCCCAGAUCCUGGUGGCCAAGCCAGAGCUGAAGGACCCCAUUCGAAAGAAGCGGGGACGCAAGCCCCUGCCCCCAGAACAGAAGGCGGCCCGGAGACCCGUAGUAAGCCUGGCCAAGGUGCUAAAGACCAGCAGGAAGGACCUGGGGGCCUCUGCCAGCAAGUUGCCCCCUCCGCUCAGUGCUCCUGUGGCAGGCCUGGCCGCCCUGAAAGCCCACACCAAAGAGGCCUGUGGUGGCUCCAGCACUAUGGCAACCCCAGAGAACCUGGCCAGUCUGAUGAAAGGCAUGGCCGGGAGCCCCAACCGUGGCAGCAUCAGCUGGCAGAGUUCUAUCGUACACUACAUGAACCGCAUGAGCCAGAGUCAGGCUCAGAGUGCCAGCCGACUGGCACUCAAGGCCCAGGCCGCCAACAAGUGUGGCCUCGGACUGGACCUAAAAGUGAGGACGCAGAAAGGGGAGCUAGGGGUAAGCCUUCCAAGCAAGGUCCCGAAGGCCCCUGGCAGUGGGGCUGCAGAGCAGCAGAAAGGAAGUGGUUCAGGGAGCCUGGGUUCCCAGCUGGCACCCACUCAGGAACUGAGCCUUCAGGUCCUGGACUUACAGAGCGUCAAGAACGGUGUGCCUGGUGUGGGCCUGCUAGCUCGCCAUGCCGCAGCCACCAAGGCUGUGUCUGCUAACAACCCCACAGCAGGGAAAGGUCACGGGGGUGGCCCCACAGGAGUAAACGUGACCGGCACACCCACAGACACCAACAAAGGUGAGAAGCUGGCCUCCAAGGUGACAGCUCUCCCGGCCCCUCCUGUCAAGAGGGACAGUGUUAAGUCUGUGGCCACCUCCAGUGGGCAAGAGGGCCACACAGUCCCAGGAGAGGGCCGCAAGGCACCCGCGCUGUCCGAGAUGAGCACGGGUGAGGAGAAUAGUAGUUCUGACUCGGACCCUGACUCGUCCUCACUCCCCAGUGCUGGGAAGAACCUGUCGGUAUCUAUCCAGACCAGCCAGGACUGGAAACCUACCCGCAGCCUCAUCGAGCAUGUCUUUGUCACAGAUGUCACAGCCAACCUCAUCACUGUCACAGUGAAAGAGUCUCCCACCAGCGUGGGGUUCUUCAACUUGAGGCAUUACUGAGACCAUGGCCCAAGUCAGACUUGCCUUCUGGUCUCUGGGUUUGCUUUGACAAAGCCUGACCCAGGGGCCAGCUGUGACCUGUCCUAAGACAUAGGGCUAGGAACUGGCUUCCUGGUGAUUCUACCUCUCUGGGCCUUCACUUUACUCUAUGCCCUGUCACCUCGGGCAAGCUGGGUGGCUGCUGGCUCAAGGCUGCCUGCUUGGACAAAGCAUUCUCAGUACGUGUCCCUCCUUGACCUAGUGUGACCCUCCCUUCUUUUAUUAGCCCAACUACUGUCAGGUGGGGGGAGGGGGCAGGCAGGACCUUCUCUGGAGUCCAGCAGGGGCAGGGCUUUUGGUGAGGCAGGAUUCUGUCCUUGGCAGGUGAGGCUGUGGCCUCAUUAUAAAACCAUAAUUAGUUGAGUUGGGCUCGGGAACCCUGCAGAAUUCUGCGGAACCCUGUGAGGCUUGCCAGUGUCUGUCCCUGGUGCCACGCAAUCUCCUGCCUUAGCUGUAGUCCAGGGUUUGGAGUCCCAGCACUCGGUAGUGUCUGGGUGCUACUGCAUUUGUGAACGGAGACCCGUGCUGCCCCCUUUCCUGCAAGCAGGCCUGAGCCCCAGUGAGAAAUGACCCUAUUCCCUCUGGAUCCAGACCCACAUCCCUGCUGUGGCCCACUACAGUGUGCCCCAGUUCUGAGGGCUGAUGCUGCUGGGCUUAGGGAAGGAGUAGACGCUAGAAACCCAGAGAAGGCCGGGGUCGGAGGUCAGAGCCCUGGGCAGGUGGUCUUCCCCCGCUGGCGGGAGUCUUCUUGCUAAGGCCCGGUAAGUCGCCCUGGUAGUCGGGAGGCAGCUGUUUCAUACAGGCCUGCCUCUCUGCUGCCCGUUCAGACUGGGCAUCUCUGGACAAAUGUGCAAGCAUUUUCUGCAGGUGCUCCUGGUGCAGAGCCCUGCCUGUUAAGUAGGCUCUUCUUGGGUGUCUUUCCCUGACAAUCCUCUCCCAUGCUUGGGAGCUUGUGUUUCCUUUGUAGCUAAGAAGCAAUAUCCCAAUGCCAUUCAUGCAGUAGGGCAGUAUAGCAGCCCUCCUGUUAAGGGACCCUAGAAUUCCUCCCCAUCUCAGGAGAUGACUUUAGUUCGGAAACCCUUUCUAGAUGCCUUUUCCCCGCCCCCCACCCCGGGUAGCCAUCUUGAAACUACCUUGUCAGAUUGCUGGCCAAUGUCAGGGUUUUCUGUCCUGGGAUAUCACCGUGGGGCCGUGACAAUCUGGUCAGUGAGUCUGUGAUGCCAAAAAGUGGAGGUAUGAAACCCUCGUUUGUACUUCUGCCACUGACUGAUCAGCUGGUAGGUGUAGGCCCUUCACUCUAGUUACCUUGAAGGGAAGCGUUCCCCCUUCCAGCACCAGCCCAGGCGGUGGGCUGUGGUGUCUGGGACCUGCCACGCCUUCAGAGUACACAAACCACCAGUAGCUCACUCCACACACCAAAUAAGAGAUGGUCUUUGUGUAACCAAACCGACCUCAACACUGUGCCUUUGGGGACAGACCUGUAUCCAUGGCUCCUGAGAGAUGUCUGGGAUGUGCAGCCUCUAGACUGGGCACCAAGAGGCAGUGUUACUGGCAGCAGGAGCUGCUGCUGGAGAGAAUUCAGGGCCAGGAAGUGGGUGGCAAGGGGUGGGGGUUGCCUGUUAGCCUCUUCCUGUCCUUAGCCAGGGUCCUUUGCUGCCUCACCCAAGGUUUGCAGCUUCUUUGUGCCGGACACUGCCUUACUGGCACCUCUGUGUCUUUGGGGAGGGGGGUGUUCCAGGAGCCUUUGGGGAAUCUGGGUUGACUGGCCUCAUUCCCUGUUGCCGGGUCUCUAAACCCCGAUUUGGUGCCUUUUAUUACCAGUUAUGUCAGUCCCAAAGUUGAAAUCUACAAAUACCUUUCUCCCAGCCACUUUGCCUUGUGUAUUUUUCCUGGUGCUGUGACCCCAGUGGUCUAUGUUACAAAGCAUAUGUGUCUAAGUGUGCCAGCAUGAGAGCCCCACUGGAGAGGCACACCACAUGAGUUCUCAUGUUUACCAAUAAAUAAAGUAGUCUGCUUUUGUUUUUUA